UAUCCACUGAUCCACACAUAUAUAUAUGCGCUCCCUUAAACAGAAACCUAUUGGGAAAUUGUAUUGUAUGUUCUGCAAAAUCUUCAACGUUAAGAUAGCAGGAAAUGGGUCGUCGUGCAGAAGAAAAGAGAGUUUCUGGGAAUCGAAAUAAAGAAGAAAAUCAUGCUCACCAAGUCAAAAAGGAAUGUUGGGUUUUCGAGGAAGAACAUGAAGAAGAUAUCUGUGACUCGAGAUCUGUUGAAUCCUCCAUGGAAAACUCUAUGAGCUCCGCGGAAUCAUCAUCUUCAUCUGACUUGGUAGAAGAUGCUUCUUCUUCUUCUUCUACGACGUCGUUGUCGUCGAACGGGCCGCUCUUCGAACUAUCUGACCUAAUGAUCCAUCUUCCUAUCAAGAGAGGUUUAUCAAAAUAUUACGAAGGAAAGUCACAAUCGUUCACAACCUUAGCAAGUGCGACGAGCUUGGAGGAUCUGGGAAAAAAGGUGGCACCUUACAGGAAGAAGAUGAAGCCAUGCAAGAGCUUUGGUGGCGCUUUUGACGGUCACAAAUCACCAUAUCUUUCUCCAAAAGCCAUUAUUUCAAAGAAAACUUCGAGAGGAGAAGGAUCUUUCUUGUAUUCCUUAAGUAACAGAGGAAAAUUAUUGGGUUAAUUAAUUAGCUAAUUAAGCUUUAAUUUAUCCAUCCCUGUACAGAAAAAAAAAAUCUAGUUAUGCGUAAACACAUUAGAAAUUUGGCAUGGUUUUGUAUUGCAGAGUUAGGAUUUAAUCUUGUAACCGAGAAAAAAAAAAAAGAUUUAGAUUUCGAUCUGGGUAUUUUUUGCAUGCUAA